GCCAAUGAUCUGAGGCAAUCUGUUAGGAGCUGACCUGGGUCCACUCAGAUCAAUAGCACCAGAGGGAGAGGACAGAGUCACCGGGAGCCCUGCAAGGACCAUACCAGCCUGGACCCUCUACCCCCUCUUGCUGGAUGUGUUGGAGGCUGAGGGAGAGACCCAAGUCCUAGAGGGGCUCCACGUUACCCAGUCACCCAUUGUUGUGCCUGCUGUUGCUGCACCAUGUCCUUUCCACAGCUGGGCUACCAGUACGUCAGACCCCUGUACCCCUCUGACAGGCCGGGGGUGGGGGGCACCAGGAGCGGAGCAGAGCUUUCCUCGGCUGGGACUCUUUCGAAUGUUCUCUCGUCUAUGUAUGGAGCUCCCUAUGCAGCAGCUGCUGCAGCCCAGGCUUAUGGAGCCUUCCUGCCCUACGCCACCGAGCUGCCUCUCUUCACACAGCUGGGCACCCAAUAUGAGAUGAAGGACAGCCCGGGAGUACAACAUGCAGCCUUCUCACACCACCACCCCGCGUUUUAUCCAUAUGGACAGUACCAGUUUGGAGAUCCAUCCAGGCCAAAAAAUGCAACCAGGGAGAGCACCAGCACCCUGAAGGCCUGGCUAAAUGAGCACAGGAAGAAUCCUUACCCCACCAAGGGAGAGAAGAUUAUGCUAGCCAUCAUCACCAAGAUGACACUCACCCAAGUGUCCACUUGGUUUGCCAAUGCUCGGAGGAGGCUUAAAAAGGAAAAUAAAAUGACCUGGGCCCCCAGGAGCAGGACAGAUGAGGAGGGCAACUCCUAUGGAAGUGACCAUGAAGAGGACAAGCGUGAGGACGAAGAAGAGAUCGAUUUGGAAAAUAUUGACACUGAGGACAUUGAAGGUAAAGAAGACCUGGAUGACCAGGACACUGAUAUACACUCAGACUCUAAAACCGACGCAAGGAGUGACUCUGAGGGCUCCGAUGGAUUUGAGGACUUGAAUGUCCCUGAGGACAGGUUCCUAAAGUCAGUAGUUGGGGACAGCAGGGUGCAUGACAAGUGUGAGCUCUCUGUCCAGGCCAAGUCUCUCCAGCCCGAAUGUGAGCAGAUCAAACUGGACAGCAUAUCUCCAAAUCCCUCCCAGGAAAGCAGCCUGCCAGCAGCCCACAAACCCAAAAUAUGGUCCCUGGCAGAGACAGCCACAGCACCAGAUAACCCACGCAAGUCUCCUCACAGUAGUGGCUCAGUGACCACUCAGAGCCUGAUGGCACAACACAGACUCAUACCCUGCCCAGGGAGCAGGUUCCAGAGCUGGGGAGGGAGGACAUUUUCUGCUCAGCAAUUAUCUUUACUGAACUCUGCUCACUUUCUGCAAGGACUCAGUGCCACUCACACAGCAGCCGGUGCAGGCAAUACAGGCUUCCACAAAGCCGGGGACCAGACUCACUGCACAGACCCAGUAACAGAUCGGCCAAGCACGUUGGAAAUAGAGAAAAAAAUUCUAAGUACAGCUUUCCAACCCGUUCAAAGAAGGUCGCAAAAUCAACUCGACGCUGCUAUGAUUCUCUCUGCGUUGUCUUCGUCCUAACAUUUUGUUUUAAUUAUUAUUAUAAUUUUUUAUUUUUAUUUUAUUAUUUUUUACGUUGUUGUAAUGACUGUAAAAACACAUUCUCUGACCAGUUACGUAUUGUAAGCAUGUCUGUGUAUAAGAUGGAGAAAUAAUAUCAGUUUCUAUACUCUAAUUCAGGUUAGUUGAAUUUGUACGGUUUGUUCUGUGAUAAUUAAGAGUCCCUAAUUUCUUUAUGCCCCUUUGUAUAUAGAGUAAAAAUGUACAUAUGUCUUAAAAGAAACCAAAUUGUACAAGAAAGUAUAUAUUUUUGGUUAAUAAAUGAAUUGUUGAGAAUUUA